AUGCUCAUCGGUAUCUGCGGCGGUAUCUGCUCUGGCAAGUCGUCCAUAGCGUCCUACUUAGUGGAGGAGCACAAUUUCAAGCGUAUCAGGCUAGCACGCACUGCUUCUACGCCGUCGGUUGAGAAAUCCGCUUCCAACGCACACGUGCCACUUGACACGCCACCCAACGAGAACAACGAGCUUUAUUUUCAAAAUGUCGAAAGCCUAAUUGAUUUUGUCACCAAGAAAUGGCAGGAACGUUGGGUCACCACGGAUAUCUGGGAUGAGGAGGUUGUCGAUGCGUUAUUACGACGUCCCUUCUUCCUCCUGGUGAGCGUGGAUGCUCCCGUAACCCUACGAUGGGAGCGCUUCAAGGCACGUUGCGCCGCGUCCUCCCUUGAAGCCCCGGACCUCUCCUCUUUCGUCCUCCGCAACGACGCCCACCUCUACUCCGCACCCACGCACCUUGCCUCACUCUUGCACCGCGCCCAGCUCCGCCUUCUCAACAGCAGCCCCUCCUUACCCGCUCUCCGUGCCGCUCUCUCGUCUCUGGAUCUCCCUAACGAGUCUCGACUGCGGCCGGCCUGGGAUCAGUACUUUAUGCAGCUAGCCUCGCUCGCAGCGCAGCGCAGCAACUGCAUGAAGCGGCGUGUCGGGUGCGUGCUGGUGCGUGAGCGGCGCGUCAUCAGCACCGGCUACAACGGGACGCCACGCAACAUGCGCAACUGCAACGAGGGCGGUUGCCCGCGCUGCAACGCCGCCAUGCCCGGCGGCUCGUCGCUGGCCACCUGCUUCUGCCUUCACGCCGAGGAAAACGCGUUGCUGGAGGCAGGCCGCGAACGCAUCAGGGAGGGUAGCAUUCUGUACUGCGACACGUGCCCCUGCUUGACCUGCAGCAUCAAGAUCACUCAGGUCGGCAUCUCGGAGGUCGUAUACAGUCAAGCGUAUAGCAUGGACGUGGAUUCGGCGAAGAUCUUCGAGGAAGGCGGCGUUACUUUGAGGCAAUUUGUCCCGCCGAGAGAAGGACUAGUUGAUCUCGGAGAGUUGGACGCGACGCGGGCUUGA